AUGGAAGCUGUAUCUCCGUUGCUUACUUUAAAAAGAAAAAGCAUUGGCACUAAUGAAAACGACGAUGAUAGUGCAGGAUACAACUCUGACUUAGAGUCACCUCGCAAAAAUACUGAAACAAGAACAACACCUCCAUCUUUUUUUGCUCAUAAUAAAAAUUCAGGAACUACUAAUGGUCUAAUUGGUUUUGACGAUGUAUCAACUUCAAAUGUGAAGUUGUUGGUAGAAGAGCUUCCUGAUAUCUCCGACACUAGAACAUUUAAAGACGCGUUGAUUAAAGCAUCUAAUAUUCCAGACAACGAUGGUGCUUUUAUGUACUAUCUAUUAUCUAGCAGAAUUAAUUCUGAAGAAGACAGUCUGAUGAUUGCAGCAUAUGAUAAUCAGAUUUUGCCGAAGAUUAACCCACAGAAAACCAACUGUGUACUUUACGUUCCAUUUGAUGCACUAUUGCAAGACUCCUCAUCCAACGCUUUUGAACAAAAUUUAUCUGAAACAGAAUGGUAUCGUGCACUUACAACACGAAAAAGCUCUGAUUCUGGCGUUUUUUCUAUGCUCAUACCUAUCGAUCAAAACGAUCAUUUAUCUGUUAUUUGGAUUUUAUUAGACCCAGCUAGCCAGUCUUACAAGAUUUAUCGCAAAGAUUCUAGCUACAUACAGGUAAAAAAUGGUGAUAAUAAAACACAUGAUUUGCCAUCACUAUUUCCUGAAGUAUUGGAAAAAAGAGAGAAAAUAGUGAAGAGCUUCAGUGCUUUAACAAAACUGCUUCGCGAGGCUGUCAAGGAUCUAUUUGCGAUGAAUGACAUGCUAAGUGAAUGGGAGGCUUUACCAGGAUAUAUACCAACUAGCACUGAGUAUCGAUAUACGGCAAGUAUUUUAGACAUGUACGAUAUUUGUAUUUCUCAUAUCGACAUUCAAAGUUCAGUCAAGACAUUUCUUUCGGAAGAGUAUCAAAAUACUCAGCAGUUGGACGAAGAAGCGUUGCAAUCAGAGAAAGUAUCAAUGUUGAGGGUGUUUUCUCAGGAAUAUGGAAGGUUCUACAAACUUAAAAUUAGACAAGAUGGAACUAUUAAUAACCAAUCGUUUCAAGAUGACAAAAAGUUUUAUUUCAGUAGGAAUUUGUUUGAGGAAUUUCAAUCGGUUUAUGAAAUUUUUUCAGUACAUUUUCUCUUACAUGAGGUUUUUAAUUCCGAGAUUUCUCUGCAUGGGAAAGUGAAUGAUGCAUUUUUACCAUUUUUAAACUUCUGGUUCCCAACUUUACUUGAAGAAUACAAUAAGCUCAGCAAUCAUGAAGCAAAUUUAUGGGUCCCGUACUUUUCCAGUGUUUAUUCUCGCAAAAUUGGCUCUUACAAUGAUCAGCUUCCACCUGAAUUUGAAAAGCGACACACUCAAUAUCCUCCAUUGUCACUUUUGAGGCCGACGAAUUUAUUUUUGCCGCAAGAAAUGUUAAAUUUUUGCCAAAAGUAUUGUACCUUUGAAUCUGAUGACGAUUUAAAAACACUGUACUCACCAAAUAGUCCAUAUUCCAAACCUAGUAAGGAAAUGAUCUAUGCUUUUCGAGAGGUUUUGAAAAAAAUAAUUCGAGGACUUGGGCUGGAUUCAGCUCUGUCGCCUCUCAAGCUACAAAUAGAAGAGCCAACAUUGACUCUUGAGGAGUUUAUUGAUUCCAUGCAUUAUGAUACUCUUGAAAGUGUCGUUAGAAGAUAUAAACGUUCCUUGGUGAUGGCAUAUAUUCAAAGCACUCGUAAUAUUAGCAUCACUAAACCUCUUGAUGAAGGAGAAGGAGAAGAGGACCAUCAAUCCAAAAAGUCCAUCAAGUGGCCCAAAAGCCCAGUUUUGGUUUAUUAUUCAGGGGGUUCGGUAAAGAAUAAACGAGAAAAUAUGCGAUUUAAGUUGGUUUUGAACCCAAAAGAAUUGUUCCAGAGCAUUAUUUUGGAUUGUCAGACUCCCCCUAUUGGCAAAACAGCACCCUUAGAGCCAUGGGUUAAUGAUAAUGAAAGUGAUUCAAUGUAUUAUAAUCAGCACUUGUUAACAGGGCAUGUGUCGAAAAGUUUGUAUGAAAGUACUUACAGAAACAAUAGUUUUAUCGUCAAGGUGAUUAGAACCUGUUAUGUCAAGAGCAACCAUAAUACCACCAAUAAUGGUGUAGUAAUAACCUUCCCUCAUCUUAAACGGGCGAAAAGAAGAAAGGUAGAAGCAGUUGACAGGGUGACGAGAAGCAGUAGAGCUCAAGCAGAAACAACAAAAGAAGAUGAAGAUAAGGAUAAAAAUGGAGACGAAGAAGAUGAUAUUGUUUUGGUCGAUGAAGUUAUUGAAAAGAGUAACUCAGAAAGCGAGGAAAGCUCUAGCAGCAACAACAACAGCAGUAUAGAUGAAAGUGAUAAUGUUGAUUUGCAUGAGAUAAGUGAUACUGAAGAGGAAACAGUUCAGCCUAAUGAAGAUUUUAAAUCUAAAGUGAUGGGAUUGACGGUAUCAGCUGGGAAAUCUAUAACUCAAAUUGGCACACAACCAGCUACUAAGGCUGUUACCCAGUCUUUCACUAAGGCUGUAACGCAGUCAGUAGCCAAGGCUAUCACCAAGUCUGUUACUAGGCCUAUUAAUAAUUCUGCUGGUCAGCCUGUUGUGCACUCUGCCACACAGUUUCCUAACAAGGUUGCAAAGAAAACUAUUUACAGAUCGCCUCCGAAAGAACCGCUUAGCUCAAGCUCUAUUUCUGUAAAGACUUCUUCUCAGAACGGUUUACAAAAGGGUUAUAAUUUUAAAAAGGAAUCUAUUAAGCAUAAACCAAAAGGCCGCCCAAGAAUUAAAAAACUUAAGGAACCAUCACCGCCACUGUCGUUACCAGAAAGUGAUGAAGAGGAGGAGGAGGAGGAUGAUGAUGAUGAAGACGAUGAUGAAGACGAUGAGAUGAAGUCUAUUGAGGAUGAUGGCUCAGUGAUUGUUGUUGAUGAUUUUUUAAGUCCCCAAACCUCAAAACGAAUGAAUCGGAAUAGUUCAUCGUCUAUUGAAGAUCUUGUUGAAGUUGAAUAA